GCGGGCCGCGCGGUGGGCGCGGAGCGGCGCGACAGGCCGGCGGGCGGCGGAAGAGGCCGCGGCGGCGGGUCCUAGCGGCGGCGGGGCACCGGGCGGCCGGGAUCCCGAGCCCCGCGGCGACGGUAGCGGCGGCGGCGGCAGGAUGAUCAAGCUGUUCUCGCUGAAGCAGCAGAAGAAGGAGGAGGAGUCGGCGGGCGGCACCAAGGGCAGCAGCAAGAAGGCGUCGGCGGCGCAGCUGCGGAUCCAGAAGGAUAUAAACGAGCUCAACCUGCCCAAGACGUGCGACAUCAGCUUCUCGGACCCCGAUGACCUCCUCAACUUCAAGCUGGUCAUCUGUCCGGACGAGGGCUUCUACAAGAGCGGCAAGUUUGUGUUCAGUUUUAAGGUGGGCCAGGGUUACCCGCACGACCCCCCCAAGGUGAAGUGCGAGACGAUGGUCUAUCACCCCAACAUCGACCUCGAGGGCAACGUCUGCCUCAACAUCCUCAGAGAGGACUGGAAGCCGGUCCUGACGAUAAACUCCAUAAUUUAUGGUCUGCAGUAUCUCUUCUUGGAGCCCAACCCUGAAGACCCGCUCAACAAGGAGGCCGCCGAGGUCCUGCAGAACAACCGGCGGCUGUUCGAGCAGAACGUGCAGCGCUCCCUGCGGGGCGGCUACAUCGGCUCCACCUACUUCGAGCGCUGCCUCAAGUAGCCGGGCCGCCCGCCCGCUCGCCCGCCGCGUCCCUGCGGAUAUUUAUUGGGGCCACCGGCGGGCGCGGGCGGCGGCGGGAAGCCCGAGCCCCGGCCCCGGCCCCGGCCCCGGCCCCGCCUCUGCCCCUCCCCCGCUCCUGGUUUUCUUUUUAGCCACCAUGAGAUGAAGGUCGGCGCUGCCUUCCCCGGCCCGCCCGGCGAUGGGAAAUGAAUUGGCUCCCGGGCGGGUGGCUGCGGGGGCAGGGCGGCGGGGCCGGGGCCGCCCCCGCCCCGCCCGCCCGCCCGCCCCGGCCCGGCGCUCCCACCAGGCUAUUAAAGGGGAAUGUUCCUGCAC